UUCUUUUUUGUAAAUCGUUAUUAUCGGAAUGAAUACCGCCGUAGCAUAAAGGAGAUAUGUAUAGUUAUUUAGAUCGUUGCCCCGGCAUUUAUUGUGGUCGUUCGCUACUUGAUAAUGGCACUUGGAGCAGCUGCGGAGUUUGUCCCCGAGGAUCACGGGUAAACGCCAGCUAUGCGUGUACUCCCUGUCGCGACGAGCUGAGCACGUAUUCCUGGCUGUAUCUUGGCUUUAUGACCAUGCUGCCGCUAAUGAUGCACUGUUUCUUUAUCGACAUGGAUGCCAAAGAUCGUAAAUUUUCCCGCAAGCAAUUAAUUCUAACAGCGAGCGCCUUUGUUGAGGUGGCUCUUGCAGCCAUACUAGCUACUCUCUUCAUGGAGCCAAUGUGGGAGAUGCGUUUGUAUGCUUGCGAGGUGCGCAAGCUCACCGACUGGUACACAUUGUUCUACAAUCCCAAUCCUAAUUAUGAAUCCACUUUUCAUUGCACACAGGAGGCCGUCUAUCCGUUGCAAACUAUUGUCUUGGUGUAUUACUUUUUGUGUUUGCUUAACAUGUUUCUUAUACGGCCAGUAAUCAGUUCUAUGUUUGAUGUGCGCGGCAAGGCUCCAAUUUACUCCGCGCUUUAUUUUCUUCCGCUGCUUACUUUAAUUCACGGCACCUGCUGCGGCUUGAUAUAUUAUUCGUUUCCCUAUCUAAGUAUUGCCAUGUCCAUGGUGGCCACGGCAAUACACUACGCUAUGAAGCUGGAUCAGACACAGAAGUCGCUUCUCCUCUCGUCUGUCUGGGAAAUGAAGAAUGUUGUCAUCAUUUCCGUCCACUGGCUGCUGCUCGCAUUUGGAAUCGCCUCAUUGAAUUACCAUUUUGCGUUAUUGUGUUUGGUUCCGUUUCCCUCGUUGUUCUACAUUGUGACUGUGAGCUUCACCGAUCCUGGGGAGUUCCGUGAAAUCGAAUCGCGCAUUUGAUCCGGAAACGUGCAAAUGCAGAUCUUUCAUGCCAGAGGAGCAAGGCGUUCCACAGUUGUUAUCUAUGUGUAAUUUACGUGUUUAAAUUAUUUCCAUUUAGUUCAUAUGUAUACACCCAUAUAUGUAUUUCAUUACUUUCAUUUCGUCUUUUCGUUUUAAUUAAUUAUACACAUAAUAAUAUUAAAUACAAAUCA